CCUGCCACAGGCCUUCUUGGAAGAGAGGUUCUCCAUGGAGCUUCUGGAGGCACUUGCCAAGGAUGACAUGGGAAGCUUCAGUUGUGGAGACACAUGGAUAAGCCAGAGCUGGCUAGACGGAUUGUUAGAUGAUUCCAGAAGUCCCCUGAGUGAUCCCAGAAGUCCUCUGGGAGAUUCUGGAAGUCCUCUGAGUGAUCCCAUAAGUCCUUCAAGUGCUCCUGGAAGUCCUUGUAGUGAUAGCAGAAGUCCUCCAAGAGAUUCCGGAAGCUCUCUGAGACAUCCCAAAAGUCCUCCAAGCACUCAUGUCCCCCGGACAGAUGACCCAGUGGAGCGCCUGGCUCAGGAACUCAAACGAGGCCCCACUUCCUGCUCCCUGCCACCCACCACAGGGGCCUCUGUGGAGCAGGAGCCACCUGUGGGGAGCCUCACGCCAGCCCUGUCCCAGGGCUGCCACAGCGAGUUAGGCCAGAGGCAGCCAGAUUGCGUGUGGGGCGACGAGCAGCCCUUCCAAUGCAGCGAGUGUGGUGCAUGCUUCAGCAAGAUCUACUGUCUCAUCCAGCACUGGGCUGCCCAUGCCCAGGCCGAGCCUCCAAGGCCAUGCGAGGACCCCAACGGGAGAGUGUUCCUUCACACUCUGGGCCUGGCUGUGCAGCCUGCUCCUUCUGUGCCCCACAUGUAUGACAAGCACAAAGAGACUUUCAGUCAGGAUACACAGCUGCUAUGGUACCAGCAAACCCAUGCCUGGGCUGAGCCGAGCCUCAUCCGGGAGGCCAACAGCCCCACGGGCCCUGACACGCAGCCCACGGCCCACAGCUGCAGCCAGCCACUCGUUCAGCACCAUGUGACCCAGGCCCAGGAUGAGACAAGCCCAAGCCAGGAGGCUGGCGGCCCCACAGCCCCUGCCACACAGCCCACGGCCCACAGCUGCAGCCAGCCCCUCGUCACUCAGGACCGCAGGAGCCAUGUCCGUAAAUGCUACCAGUGCUCCGAGUGCCCAGAGAUCUUCAGCCUGAGCAGGCUCUUCACUCGGCAUCAGAGGAAGCACAUGGCCACCAAGGCCAAGGCCACAGCUGCAGCCAUGUGCCAACAGUGUGGGAAGACCUUCAGACGGAGCGUGUUGCUCGUGACGCACCAGGCCAUUCACACUGGAGAGAAGCCUUAUAGAUGCACCGAGUGCAAGAAAGCCUUCAGCCACGUGGCCUCCCUGCAGAUCCACCAGCGGGUGCACAGCUUCGGGAAGCAGUUUGCCUGUAAGGAGUGCGGGAAGGCCUUUGGUCGCAGCACCCACCUCUCUGAACAUCAGCGCGUCCACACAGGCUACCGACCCUACCAGUGUCGUCAUUGCAUCAAGAGCUUCAACCGACCUUCCCACCUGCAGCACCACCUGUCCACGCACAUGGGUGAGGCACCCUACCACUGCCCACAGUGCCCAGCCACCUUCAGCCACCAAGAGCUACUGGCACAGCACCAGGUGGCCCACAGCACAGAGGCGCCCAACAUGUGUCAGCAGUGUGGGGAGCGCUUUGUCUGCACCUCCACCCUGAGCUGCCACCUUAGGGCCCACGCCAGCGAGAGUGCGGUCUCCAGGGAGCCUCAAUGUCUGGCCGUGAAGCGCUUCAAGUGUGACAAGUGUGACAAAGACUUUGGCUGCAGCAAGUAUCUGGCCCAGCACGAAAGGACCCAUGCCUCUGUGAAGCCCUUCGUGUGUGCUCCGUGUGGGAAAGCCUUUGGCCACAAGGCACAGCUGGCCCGCCACCAGAGCUGCCACUCGGGGCCGAAGGGCAGCGAACCAGGGAGUACUGUGCCCCAGGGGGCCUCCAGCCUGGAGCAGCAGCCCUGGCUGUUGACCGAGCGUCCCUUGCAGAGCACAGAGAGCAGCGAUGCCACCUUCAGCCAGGGCACCGCGGGCCACCAGUCAGAGCACCUGGGCGAGAGGGCUUGGCCCUGCGACCAGUGUGACCGAGUCUUCACGCAUAGGCGUUCCCUGGCCCGGCACCAGGGAACGCACGCUGGGCAGCGGCCAGUGGAGUGCCACGAGUGCGGGAAGACGUUCGACCGGAGCACCAGCCUCACCAAGCACCAGAGGAGCGUUCACAGCAGGGAGAAAGCACACGUGUGUGCGGUCUGCGGGAAGGCCUUUGCCCAGCGCGCCCAGCUGCUCCGGCACGAGAGGGUCCACACUGGGGAGAAGCCAUACGUGUGCCCACGAUGUGGGAAGGCCUUCAGCCAGAGCUCGUGCCUCACCACCCACCAGCGCGUGCACACUGGGGAGAAGCCCUUCACGUGUGAGCAGUGUGGGAAGGCCUUCGCUCAGAAGGCGCAGCUGGGGCAGCAUGCACGGACGCACAGCGGGGAGAAGCCACACUCCUGUGUGGAGUGUGGCAGAGCCUUCGCCCUGCACGCCCAUCUCAGCCAGCACCAGAGGACACACACCCAGGAGCGGCCCUACCAGUGUCGCCUCUGUCCCAGGGCCUUCACCUGCUGCUCAGGACUCAGCCGCCACCAGCGGACGCACAAGGCUGGGCCUCGGCUGGACCGUCUGCCGUCCCUACAGGGGCAGUAAGAGACCGUGGCACUGGCCGGUGCCUCUCGGUGGCCUCAUCCUGGGGCCCCCUCAUUGUAAGUAUCCCUU